UUUUAUUCGAAUCUCGAUUAAUCGUCGCUAUCGUUUUCGGACGAACGAUAAUUUCUAUCUAGUUUAAUUGAGCAUGCGCGAUAACGCACGACAUUUCAUUACGAUCAGUUGCGUGGUUAUCAAUUAUUUUUUUCAUAUCUUGGAUAGAUAUUACCAAAAGGUUUAAAAAAGCAUCGAAUUAAAUGAUAAAACGUGGUAUAGUAACGAGUGACCAGUUUCAAAAGUGUAUUAGAACGCAAUUUCAGUCGUCAGAGAGAACACAACAAUGGCAAUCAGAAGGAUUUUGCGUAGUCAUGUUAAAUUAUGGAAUAACGGAAAACUGGAUAGCGUUCGAUCGAAUAUACGUAUAACGUAUGUAGUUGUUCUCUAUAAACGAUAUAUUUUCUUCAAGAGGAGAAGAUAUUGGUCUUACACUUUUGCAUUUUCGCCCGUUGUUCGGCUCGAAGCAAAGGCAGGAGCAACAGCAGCAGCACCAGCUUUCUCACAGCGGCGUUCUGCGGGGAAGUUUUAUCUACUAUAAACAUAUGAACGUUGCUCGAACGAAAUAAAAGUACGCUCAACGCACAAUAUUUGAACGAUGGAUACCACGUGGACUCUACGAUUCAUCGUUUGCCUCCUUUGUUGUCGAGCAUCUUUGGCAGAACUGAAACUUGUACAGACGAUAUUUAGACAUGGAAACAAAAUGCCAUCGAAUAUCAAUUUUUAUCCUAACGAUCCUUACAUCAAUUAUACUUACGAGCCUGCGGGAGAAGGAGGUUUAACAAAUGUUGGUAAAAUGACCAUGUACAAAGUUGGCCAAUUCUUUCGAGAAAGAUACGAGGAUUUUUUGGGAGAAAUUUACACGAAAGAAAAUAUUUGGUUUCGCUCGGAUGAAGUAGAUAGAACUGUAAUGAGUGGACAACUCGUGGCAGCUGGACUAUAUCCACCUUCCAAAGAACAAAGGUGGAAUCCAGAUUUGAAUUGGCAACCUAUACCUGUAUGGACAAUACCACGUACUAUAGAUUGUCUUUAUAAUACUCAGUUUUCUCCAAGAUUUGAUAUGUUGAGAAACAUAGUGGAAGAAACGGACAAAGAUGUGAUACAAUUUGAAAAAAACAAUAGAGAUGUUUAUAAAUACUUGUCUGAACACACAGGUGGUAAUAUCACACAAUCAAGAGUAUUUUCAUUAUAUCAACAUUUAUUCGAUCAGAAUAAUAUUGGUUUGGAAUUACCAGAAUGGACGAAAUCAGUUUUUCCUCACGGGAAACUUGACGAAUUAGCUAUAUACGACAUUUUGAUUCGUACUCGUACUCUGGAAUCAAAACAAAUAUCAGGCGGAAUAUGGAUUCGCGAAUGGUUAAAUCAUGUUGAUGAUCAUAUAAGCAAAAAAGAUAGGCGAAAAGCGUUUAUGUAUGUGGCACAUGAUCCAAAUAUCGCAUGUAUACUUUCUGCAUUGAAUAAUUUCGACAACGAAAUUCCUUACUAUGGUAAUAGUCUGAUGUUUGAAUUACACAAAGACAAUAACGAAUAUUACGUUCAGGUGCUUUAUAAAGAUAAGGAUAAUAUUCGAGUUCUUAAAUUUCCUAAUUGCGAUAAGAUGUGUCCAUUAGAUGAAUUCAAAAAAUUCGUAGAGCCUUUAAUAUCGAUUAAUAUGAAAGAAAUAUGUGGACAAAAAUAAAGAAAUACAUAUAUUUUCUUAUAUUUUCCAACUUUUCUCUCAAAUAUAUAUAUAUAUCGAUUGUCGCUAUUCUAAGUGGGAAAGCAAACUUGAUAUUUAUAUCGGUAAAAAUAAUGUGAAUGCGAUAAGAUUGGUCAAUAAAAGGCGUAAAUCUGUUUUGUGUCUUCAUAAAAUGAAGGAGGAUGUUGGAAAGGCUUUUGUUUCGCAAAAAUUUUUUUUUAUAUAAAGAUUAUCAGCAAUUUCUUCAGCAGUUUCUUCAAAUUUCAUUCGUGUAUUAUUCUGGAUUAAUCGGAGAAGUAUCUGUGAAGAAAAAAAAGAGCAGAAAGUUGGAGAAAAAAGGGAGAAAGAAUGUAGAUGGAGUGGCUUGACUCGUAAACCAGUCAAAUUUGUCCGCACUUUUCAGCCCCCCUGUAUUUAAAGUGUCGUAAAAUACGUCGAGGAAGAAAAAGAAAAAGAAGAGGAAGAAAAAGGGGAUUGGAAAAAAGUUGACAAGUUUUGUAAAGCAUCCCAACGAUCCUUAACGUCUAAUUUGUAAAAUCUUCAUUUUAGAUCAGUGUCGUUUGUAAGAAUUAUAAAGUUGCUAUCUCUUCUUUUGUCUCAUUCUGAUAACAAUACAAUUUGAAUACGUUUAUCCAUAAUAACAUAAUAACAAUACAAAUUAAAUCUGUUCAUCCAAAAAUUAUUUUCUUUUCAUUUUUAAUGUAACAAGUAUCCAUUCAACUUCUGUCUCAUUACCCUGAUAACAUAAAUAUAAUUUAAAUAUGUUAAUCCAAAAAUUAUUUUCUUUUCAUUUUUAAUGUAACAAAUAUCCAUUCAACUUCUAUCUCUGAUAACAUAAGUACAAUUUAAAUAUGUUCAUUCAAAAAUUACUUUCUUUUCAUUUUUUUAAUGUAACAACAAGUAUCCAUUCAACUUCUGUCUCAUUACCCUGAUAACAUAACUAUAAUUUAAAUAUGUUCAUUCAAAAAUUAUUUU